AUGACAGCGCGUGGGGAGAAGCUAGAGUCUUUGCGUCUGCCUCCGCCGAUGGGUCCGUCAGGAUCUUUUGACUUGCACGACAAGGAACACUACACUAUUAUCUACGAGAGCCCACAGGCAGAUACGCCUCUGUUAAGAAUCGCGUGGAACAAGCAAGACUUGAGGUACAUGGCGACGAAUCUGAUGGAUUCGAAUAAGGUUGUGAUUCUUGAUAUUCGGUCGCCGAAGAUGCCUGUUGCGGAGCUGGAACGGCACCAGGGUAGUGUUAAUGGUCUAGCUUGGGCUCUACAGAGUUGUAAGCAUAUUUACUCGGAUGGGAUUGAUCCUAUGUCGGUUUACUCUGCUGGCUCGGAAAUAAACUAG